CAGCUCCUUGCAAGGCCAUCUCUCUGUAUUGAGCAUCACUUUCCUCUUCGAUGGCGUCGACUUCAUCCCACAGGGAAGUCAUUUCGAUGCACGUGGGGCAGGCAGGAGUGCAGAUUGGCAAUGCAUGCUGGGAGCUGUACUGCCUGGAACACGGGAUCCUGCCAGAUGGACGACUGCUCACUGACAUAAUCAGAGAUGAGGAUGAAUCUUUCAGCACUUUCUUCAAGACUACCCUUAUAUGUCUACCCCAUCCCCUUUGGGGGAAUUGCAGUGUGCAUAGGGUGGCAGUAACUGUCAUAGAUGAAGUCCGAAAAGGAGCCUAUCGGAAGCUUUUCCACCCUGAACAGCUCAUUUCAGGCAAGGAAGACGCUGCCAAUAAUUAUGCUCGUGGCCAUUACACCAUCGGCAAAGAGAUUAUUGACUCGGUGCUGGAAAGAAUCCGAAAGAUGGCAGAUCAGUGCAAUGCACUUCAGGGCUUCCUUAUUUUCCACAGCUUUGGAGGGGGCACUGGUUCUGGUUUCUCUUCCCUACUAAUGGAACGUCUCUCUGUUGAAUACGGCAGAAAAUCCAAGUUGGAAUUCUCAAUUUAUCCAGCUCCUAAAAUGUCCACAGCCGUGGUGGAACCCUAUAACUCUGUCCUCACCACUCACACAACCCUGGAGCAUUCGGACUGUGCUUUCCUGGUGGACAAUGAAGCCAUUUAUGACAUCUGUCAUAGGAACCUUGAUAUUGAAUGUCCAACUCACACCAACCUGAAUCGUCUGAUUGCCCAGAUUGUGUCCUCUAUCACAGCUUCUCUCAGAUUUGAUGGAGCUCUGAAUGUGGACCUAGCAGAAUUCCAAACCAACUUGGUGCCAUUCCCACGCAUCCAUUUUCCUGUGGUUUCCUAUGCUCCAGUUAUCUCCGCUGAGAGAGCUUACCAUGAGAAGCUUUCCAUAGCUGAGAUAACAAAUGCUUGCUUUGAGCCAGCUAACCAGAUGGUGAAAUGUAACCCACGAAAUGGAAAAUACAUGGCUUGCUGUAUGCUCUACCGUGGUGAUGUGGUUCCCAAAGAUGUCAAUGUUGCCAUUGCAAGCAUCAAAUCCAAGCGCACUAUCCAGUUUGUGGACUGGUGCCCAACAGGUUUCAAGAUUGGUAUCAACUACCAGCCCCCAACUGUGGUUCCUGGAGGAGACCAAGCCCAGAUGCAGCGUGCUGUGUGCAUGUUGAGCAACACCACCGCCAUUGCUGAGGCCUGGGCUCGUCUGGAUCACAAGUUUGACCUUAUGUAUGCUAAGCGUGCCUUUGUGCACUGGUAUGUAGGGGAGGGAAUGGAGGAAGGGGAGUUCUCCGAGGCCCGUGAAGAUAUGGCUGCCCUGGAAAAAGAUUAUGAUGAGAUUGCUUGUGACUAUGUGGAGGAGGAGGAUGGAGAAGAAGCCUAAUUCACUGAAUCAGAAUAAUAUUAUAUAUACUACUAGUAAUUGCUGGUUAGAGCAACAUAGCAAGAUUACUGGAUACUGCAUUUAGAAUUCUAUAAAACCUUGAGAGAAUCCUAAUUGUUUCCUAAUAAACAAUUAUUGUUUGA